UCGCCAUUUUUAGAGAAGAAAAUAGCAAACAGGAUGAGUGAUACAGGAGAUGACUGCUACUUCUACUACUACUCCAAGUGUAAUAAGGGAGACAACUGCCCUUUCCGCCAUGUAGAGGCUGCCCUUGGUAAUGAAACAACUUGCUCCUUGUGGAGGAGUGGGCAUUGCUUCAGAUCGAAUUGCAUGUACCGACAUAUGGAAAUAGCUGUUGACCGACGAAACAUCCCCUGCUACUGGGAGAACCAGCCGACCGGAUGCACGAAGCCAAACUGCAUUUUCAAACACUUCAAAGCUAAACCUGAGACUGCUACAGUUGAGGCAGAUCCACCCAGGAACAUAGUAGAUGCGAACAUUGCCCCAGGCAUACCGGCUAUUAGUCCUGUGACUGAUGGAACAACUCGCAGGUCUGACCCUGCCCUGGUGGCGAUGAAAGCUACACCCAAGACCGCACUGACAUCCCUGUCUGACACACGACUCAACCGAAACACCACCAGUCCACAGCUGGAUUUUGAAAACAGAUCCAGCCCAAAGAUCGACCCAAUUGUUGUGAAUCCAUUUUCUGAUGAUUCUGAUCACGAAGUUGAGCCAGUGAUGAAAGUUAAUCCUGUGUUAUUGCGCAAAGCCUACCUAGCUGAACUGAAAGUGAAGCGACAAAAGGAGGCUGCACUGAAGGAAAGGCGUAUCCAUGUACACGCUACAGACUGUACAGAUGCAGAUAGUGAAGACAAGAAAAAGAAAAAAAACUUACUUAAAGUUAAGCCUGGUGUAAUGAGACGGAAUGUCAUCAUUGACGAUGUUGAACCGCCAAAGCCAAACACAAAGAUAAAGAUGAAUAAAACCACGGAGCUGAAUGUCCCAAAGUUAACUUUAUCAGAAACGAUGAAGAGACGUUUGGGGUCGAAAUCAAGCACUGAUCUCGGAGGAGGUGAACCGCUGGAAAAGAAGAGAUCUCUUCCUGUUAAAAGCCGACUGGGGAUCCACGUGAUGCACGGGUCUCCCGAGAAACAUGUGAAGAGCCGGCUUGGUAUCAAGAUGUCCAGAGCAGAGGAGUCUCUAACUCUGGAAGAGACCAUUGUGCUUCGAACUUCCCCUGUAGAGUUCGAUGCUCAGCCGGAUAAAGCUGCUGCCAUACAGAGUCGAUGGGAAGCUGCUGUUGCAAACAAGUCAAAGAGAAUACAUGAAAUCAAAAAAUCACCACCAACGUCUUCAGACAGUUCAGAGACGAGUGAUGACGAAAUCGACAGUAUUGUAGUGAAGACCUUGGAAGAAAUCAAACAAGAGAAGGCAAGAAAAGCACAGUCUGCCAUAACUUCUGCUGAGUCGAAGCCCGCAGUGCCUCGCAGGAAACCUCUGUUAGCUGGUUUUGUUGGACUGAAGACUUUAUCUCGCAAUAAACAGAAACGGGCGGCUCAAGAAGAGCGGACUAAGAUUUUAAACAAAGAAGAUGAUGAUUUGGAUACAGUUGCCAGUAAGAAACCACGCAAUGGGAAGACAAAAGAUUCGUCAGUGGGCGAUACACUAACUGGUACAGAUACUCCAGUUACACGACGGGAAACUGCACAAACAACAAAGUCUUUGAAGAAGGAAAGACAAAUAUAUACACCUCCUGCACUGAAGACUGCAGGACAUGGAUCACCAAGAAAGGUUUCUGUUGUAAGGAAAACUGUCAUUAUUUCCCCAGAAACCACGCCUGUUGUUAAAGCUGUAGAGAAAACUGAGCCAGCCAAAGCUGUUGAGAUAAAGAGCUUUGCCCAGAUAAUGGAAGAGAAAAGGAUGAAACGACUUGAACAGAUGGCUGCCAUGAAUGGUGACAAAGUCAAACAGAAAGCUAACAUAAGGCCUAUUGUAUUUGACUUGGAUGAUAAAGACUCGGCAUCAUCCAAGUCCCAAGUAACAGCUAUAGCCACUCGAAUCUCUCAAGAAACUGUGAAAAACAAAAAACUGGCGUCGGUUAAACCAUUACAGCCGAUCAUCCAAAACACACCUUCCCCAUUUCAAGUUUCUCCGCUGCGAUCCAGUCCCACUGACAGAACUGCCCCAUCUGUGGCUGACACGGAUGCUAACAUUGUGUCUGACGCUUGCACUGUAAAGGCUCAGUCUAGUGUUAUAGUGACACCAAGUGCAAUUCAUGAGAGAAUAGAUAUUUCUUGUGGCACUACAGAAACAAGAGAAAACUCUUCAUCGAAGUCAGUCACCAGACAACUGUCUUCAAACAUAGAUACUGAAAGUCCAUCCACAAACAAGAUACGGUUAUCACUGCUAGAAGAUGAUGACGAUUUACUAAAUUUUCACGAAUUUCCUGUCGAAGGAGAUUUGGACUGUGAUAAGAUCGAUGAUGCAGAAUUAAUGAAUGACAUUGAAGAACUUCUUCAUUGAAAUAGAAUCUUGUGCAAUAACUUUUUAAAAUGUUUAUUCUUGAUAUUAUUGUUAUCAUUUUGUUACUGAGUACAUCAUACUGGAAUGGGAACAAUACUGAGGAAUUUAACAAUAUUCUGUUACAACUAUUAUGGACAUUUUGAGGAGGUUAUAUCAUAUUGAUGCUGUUCACAAGUUCCAGGAAUGAAGAAAAAUCUAAGUUAUAUUUGAAUUGUAGAUACUGAACAUAUAAUGUAUAAAAACUGUACAUAUAAUGUAUAAAAACUACAUUUUGCUCAAAUUACAAAAAAGGCAGCAAGUUUCAUGUUGUUAAAUUUGUUAAAAAGUGAAUCUGUGAACAAAACAUUCUAAAAUCAAAUGUAUGAAAAUGGGAUUUUCUUUUAUUUGUUUGUUUAUCUGAAAGAAUGGAUUGAUUAGAAGAUUUAAGACAAACAUUGUCUUUUUGUAAUAAAUAUUAGAUAUGUAUUAUAUACCAGCAUAAGAAUUCAGAUUACUGGCAGGAAAUGUGUUGCAUUCACUUAAUGGACAGAAUGUUAUUUGUUCAAACAUUUAUUUCAGUGACAAUAAUACAAAGGAAAAAUAUUGUGAAAGUAAUUGGUCUGUCUACCAAAUUUCAGACAGUUAAUUGGAUUUUUUCCUAAAGAUGAACACCAACUACAAUGUGGAGCAUACUGGGAUAAGUAAAUUAAAUUUGAAGUUUACAACUGUUUGCUUAAUAGCCAGAAAGAAUGUUCAUGAAUGGCUUUUAAUAUAUAUUUUACAUCAGAUCUAAUAAUUUGCCAUCAAUUGAUUACUUUUCUUGAUAUAUUUACAAUUUAUUUGUAAUUAUAAACAAGGUAGGGUGUCAUUCUGCCCAUAUAAGCAUUCUGAUUGCUAAUGUGUUAAUAACCAAAAAAUGGAUGCCAUUUGUUUUUUAAUUUUAAAGAAUUUUCUUUUGCUCCAUUCUUUUAUAGUAUUCAAACAAUAAAAUUAUUAUUAAUAAAAAAAGAAGAAUCCUACACCCACCUGUGACAAAACAAACAAGAAACUGAAGAGGAUUUUUUAUUUUUUUAACCUGAAUUCUUAAACACCAGUAAGAAAAGAAUGUAAAACAUUCAGAGUUUUAAAAACAUACAGAUAGUAUAAUUUAUGAUUUUACUGUAAAUGUUGAACUAGUUAGCAGCUUGGUAAUGCACUAUAAUGUCAGUAACUGUGCCAAGUAUAUUUUUGCCUGGAAAGGAGAAUGGUCACUCACAUUCCCUUCCACUCACGCUACGAAAGUUUUGGGAGAGCAGCAAACUUUGUGUGAUUGCUCGUCCUGCACAUUUCAGGAGAGUGUUUUUGCUUACGGAAAAGUUUUGAUGAUGUUUAAAUGUAAAAAGUGCUACAAUGAGUAUUAUUGAUACUUGCUUUUAAAUACAGGAGUGGGUACUAUGGUAACAAUAUGAUUUGUAUACAUUGUUAUUUUAUGAUACAUGUAUUUGACUCAACUGCCUUUAUCAAAUAGAAAUUAAGUGCCUAUUACCUUGGUAAGUUACCUGAUCUGAAGAUCUUGUGAAUUAAGAGAGAUCCCUUGGGUUUUUUUCGGUUUAUUAUACUUUUGUGGCUGCAAAAAUAGACUAUAUACAGGGUUUUUUUUAAUAUACAUUUCAUUUUGUUGGGACUACAAAAAAAUUGAAGACUCACAACAAAAAAAGCUGUAGAGCAUUCCAUUUCCAAACAAAUCUUAUUUAAUCUUUAUUGCAAUAAAGAUGUGGCCUAGGGAUGUAGAGAUUUUUUUUUUCUGUUAAUUGUUUGGGGGUGGGUGAGAUUGAAAAAACUAUGUUAAUUCAAUAGUUGAUUACUGCAGGUCCUGAUUGAAUAUACCGAUCUCAUUGCAAGGUAUAUUAAACCUACAUUAUCAUUGGGGGUUUUAAUGGACAGUAUUGUUCAACAGAUAUCUUUAUUUCUGAAGAGAGCGAGGGGAAAAACAAAUCCAUUUGUAAAUUGUCAUGAUUUUGUUUUUGAAAUGUAUAUUCUGUGAGAAAGAAAUGUUAAGUAUGAGUAGUCCACUGUGACUGGUAAUAAUGGUUGAUGUAUUAAAGCCAUUUGUUACAUA